AUCAAUUCAUAAUUCUUAGUUAUCUGUUGUUGUGUUUCCACCAGAAGAUAAAACGUAGUACUUUUUAUAAACAUAUACAUUUACUCAUGUAUUGUAGUUAAGUACAGAAAGGUCGUUCCAUCUUUAUUGUUAGCGGUUUAAACUGUUGUCCUAAUAAAAAUGACCUCACUAAAUAAUGGAUUGUUAGUUACACGCAUACCCUUCAUAGUUGCUAAGAGAUUUCGAGGCAAAAUAAAUAUUCAAAGACCGAGAAAACCUCAUUUUGAAAGGCAGUUGUUGAUUGAUUUAGCGAAACCAGUGCUUGGAACACCAAAGUAUAAACUACCUGAGAUAGACCUAUGUGAUUCCGGCUUGAGCAAAAAAAAAGAAGAAAUUGAUAAUCCAUUUGAAAGAAUAUUGGCCACAGAAUGUCUGAAUUGGUUUAAUACAUCAAAAAUGAUUGUAUUUUUGCACAUGAAUUCUAUAAGUAUGGAAGAUAAAACACCAAUUUUUGCUACUUUGAAAAAGAAUGAUAUGCAUUUAAGGACUUAUGGUAAAAAGAUAGUGAGCAUGGCCACAAAAGGCACGAGAUAUGAAGCUGUUAAUUGUUUAUUUACAUCUCACCAAAAUAUUAUAUUUGGACAGUCUGAUAAAGCAGAUAAAUUAUUUAAAAUCCUUAAAAAAGCCCCGCAAAUGGUAGUUAUAGGUGGUAUUGUCCAUGACAGACUAUUGUCACGCAAUGAACUUGUAGAAUUCAGUAAACUUCCUAACAUAGAUGUGGCAAGAAGUCAACUUUGUGCAGUAUUGGAGAGUGCUGGGUCAUGCCUUGUUGGCCAACUGAAUCAAAGCCAGCAGACUUUAGUAUCUUAUCUUGAGAAACAUGCAGAACUUUUAAAGCCUGUUGACACAAAAGAAAGUAAAGAAUGAGAUUUUGAUUUGUAGAUUUUAAUUCUUAGUAAUAA